AUGCCAGGUCCAACCACUCCCGCUCCGCCCAUGGUCGUUGACCACGCGGACAUGAUGGCUUUCGCUAAAGACGUCGAGGACUCUAUCCUCGUCACCAUGGAUUUCGAAGGCGUCGAUCACCUUCAAGCAGCGAAGGGUCAACCACAGCCCUCGAACUACGUGAAGAUGUCCGAAGUCGGUAUCGCCGUGUUUGAUCCCCGGGACAAGAGCGCCAACACCAACCAAAUCCGGAUCGACGACCUCGGCGCACAGAUUCGUGCACGCCACACCAUCAUCGAAAUGUACCGUCGGUAUACAGAAGAGACAUGCACUGCUUUCUACCAUCGCGGGGCAUACAGAAAUCCCAGUAAGGCUCAUCACGCCAGACCUUACCACUGCAAGUUCGCCCGGUCGAUCUUCAGGACAGCGGAAGAAGCAAUGCGCGACAUCAAGCAGUUGAUCGGAGAACUUGUCCACCAAAACAGGACCACGGCUGAGGUCCAAAAUGGUGUCGAGCGUCAAAUUUGCGUUUUGUUCUGGGCCGCUGGUAUGGAGGAGGAUAUUUUGCGUGAGGGCGGUAUCGACUUGGUCGGUAUGAGUUCCCGGAUCAAGGUGUGGGACAUGCAGAUCUGGUCAGUAUUCCAGAUCCGGUUUACGAAGAAGCAGACUAAGGGAGAGGAAGCAUUUGGGUCUUUGGGAGCCUUGGGAGACGGCUCCAAACUUCACAAUGCCACCAACGAUGCGGUGGCGCAGAUGCUCGCCCUCCUCAAGCUUCUAACCUUAACUGAGGAAGAAUGGUCAACUUGGCACGUCGAUCGGCGUGACCUGCCGAGUAUAUCGAUGGAUUGGGUCAAUACGACCAUCUACGAGGACAACUUCAGUUCACGCCCCAAGGCCUUGCGUGAUUUUUCACGCAAUCCUUCUACACAGAAUACCUCUAAACAUAAUGGCAACAAGAAUCCAAGGGGCUACUCGAAGGGUAAAUCGAGUCAUCACCGGGGUACCUCAAAUUAUGCCGCACAGACACCCUCCGUGCCGGCCGUUCGGGGUUCGGUCGCUUCCUAUGUCAAGGAUAAUACCUCAACCAAUUCCAGUAUCGGCGGCAGUGAGACCGAUCAAUGGUGGACGGCCUACGAGGCCAGGCAGAGUAUAGGUAGGAUCUCUUCUGCAAAGGAAGUGUCUAAAAAGCCCACUGCCGCUGUGGCCUCAUCAUCUGAGGAAGUCGGUACUGGCUGGCCCGCCGAGAUGGAGUGGGACAUGUGA